AUGGAGUUGCACGUUUGGCCUGCGGAUUUUGGUCUUCCUUCUAUUGACGUUAACUGUCUACAGUUUUUGUCUUGCUCGAAAAUGUGUGCAAGUCCAAUAACAAUUGUACCAGCCUCAGCUCCAUGGAACUCUCCAAAUGGCGAGUACCCUGUGCUCUUUGACAAAACCAACCCUGGAACUAAAGCAGUUACGGAUUUUGACAACUUUGUUGAGGUUCUACGACGAAGCGAUCAAGAAGUGGUGAUAGACGGAGAUUUAACCGCAUCUGAGCGUUCAAAAAUCGAUGCUUUCAGCUGUUAUCUUCAACAGCAUUUAUAUCCUGCCGUGAUUCAUUCCUUAUGGGUCGACGAGUUGAAUUACACUACUGUCACACAGUACUGGUAUAAUACCAAACUCCCUUUCCCAUAUAAUAUGUAUUAUUUGGAAAAAAGAAGAAAAAAAGCUGUUAGAUUUUUAUCAGAUAAAAAUGUAAACCAGGUAGUGAAAAACGCUUUACAGGCCUUAAACUCUUUGUCGGUCAAAUUAGGUGAUAACAAGUUCAUGUGUGGCAAUAAACCGAGUUCUUUGGAUGCGUUAGUUUUCGGUUAUUUAGCACCAUUGUUGCGUCUGCCAUUGCCAAAUGACAAACUGCAAGUCCAUCUGUCCGCAUGCCCUAACCUUGUUAGAUUUGUGGAGUCUAUUACAUCAAUAUAUCUUCCACUUACUGAUGAUCAAUUGAAACAACAACGAUCUGAAGCUAAGCUAUGGAAAAGUCGAUUGCAGAAAGCCGAAAAAACUAAAGAAGCCGAAAAGGCUAAAACUGCGGAAGAGGAGCAGACUGUAGAAGAUAUGCCUGUUCGAGACUCAAUUUUAUUUGGAUUGGUUGCAGUGACUUUGUCAGUAAUAUUCGCAAUUCAUUCGGGAAUGAUUCAAGUUGUUGUGGAAGAUGAUGAACCAGCUUUAGAAGAAACCUCAUGA